AAGCCACUUUCCAUUUAAGGUCCAUAAAUAAUGGAGUUGGAAGACGCGAUGACGCAACAAACGUGUAUCUUAAUCUUUAUGCCCUCAUCACCUCCAAUGUAAUUGAGCUAGUACGGGCAGGUGAGCACUUAAAAAAUGCCCUCUAAACUCAGCUUUAGUCAGUAUGGUCAUGUUACAGACACUUCACCACAUGGUGACUCUUAGUUGCUAUUGAUCAUUGGCCAAAAACCUACUGCAACUCCUUUUUGUCAACUUUUCCUGGCAUAUAUAUAGAUGGUCAUGAGCCCUCGUUGUAUCCAUGCACAUUCAAGCUUUGAGCUCUUAAAGUAUUCUCCCAAACCCUAGAGAACCACAUACCCCGAUCGAUAAGCUCGUCCUUCGGAAGAAGAGGAGAGGAGAAAAAUGAAGUCAGGUGGAGUCGAAGCCGGAGAGGUUGCGAAAGCUUCCGGCGCAAGUUACGGUGUCAACAAAGGAGUGUCGGUUCUCGAUUUUAUGCUGAGGAUACUUGCAUUCGUGUGUGCCCUCGGGAGCGCCAUAGCCAUGGGGACGACGGAUGAGACGCUUCCUUUCUUCACUCAGUUCAUCAGAUUCCGCGCUAGAUAUGACGACCUCCCAACUUUCACGUUUUUCGUGAUCGCUAAUUCCAUUGUUUGCGCCUACCUCGUCCUCUCACUCCCAGUCUCUAUCUUCCACAUCAUGAGGAGUGCUGCGCAAAAUAGUAGAAUUGUCUUGGUCAUCUUCGACACGGCGAUGUUGGCGCUGUUAACGGCGGGAGCUUCGGCCUCGGCGGGUAUUGUGUACUUGGCCCAUAAAGGGAACACCAAGGCUAACUGGUUCUCCAUCUGCCAGCAAUUCCACUCUUUCUGCGAGCGCAUCUCGGGCUCUCUGAUCGGGUCGUUCGGCGGAGUCAUCUUGUUCGUGCUCCUAAUCCUGCUGUCCGCCAUCGCGCUGUCUCGCCGUUGA